GGUGGUGGCGCCUCCUCCUCCUCCCACUGCAGCGGAGAGAGCCAGUGCCGAGCUGGGGAGCUGGGACUAGGAGGCGCCGGCACGCGGCUCAACGGGCUGGGAGGUCUAGCCGGAGGAGGUAGCGGCAGCGGCUGUACCCUCUCUCCCCCCCAGGGCUGCGGCGGCGGCGGCGGCGGGGGGAUUUCCCUGUCGCCACCUCCGAGCUGCGGAGUGGGGACCCUACUUUCUACCCCGGCCGCCGCCACCUCUUCCUCGCCCUCCUUGUCGUCCGCCGCCUCGUCCUCAUCGCCCGGCUCCCGGAAGAUGGUGGUGUCAGCGGAGAUGUGCUGCUUUUGCUUCGAUGUGCUCUACUGUCACCUGUACGGAUACCAGCAGCCCCGGACCCCCCGGUUCACCAACGAGCCCUACCCACUGUUUGUAACGUGGAAGAUCGGUCGAGACAAAAGAUUGCGUGGAUGCAUAGGUACUUUUUCUGCCAUGAACUUGCAUUCAGGACUCAGGGAGUACACACUUACCAGUGCCCUUAAAGAUAGCCGUUUUCCCCCAAUGACAAGGGACGAGUUGCCACGGCUGUUCUGCUCAGUGUCUCUACUCACUAACUUUGAAGAUGUCUGUGAUUAUUUGGACUGGGAGGUCGGUGUACAUGGUAUUAGAAUAGAAUUCAUCAAUGAAAAAGGAUCAAAACGCACCGCCACCUACCUACCGGAGGUUGCAAAGGAGCAAGGAUGGGACCAUAUUCAGACCAUAGACUCCUUACUGAGGAAAGGAGGAUAUAAAGCUCCGAUAACUAAUGAAUUCAGGAAAACCAUAAAACUGACCAGGUACCGUAGUGAAAAGAUGACCCUGAGCUAUGCUGAAUACCUUGCUCAUCGCCAGCAUCAUCAUUUCCAAAAUGGCAUUGGGCAUCCCCUUCCGCCAUACAACCAUUAUUCCUGACACUGAGCCGCACAGCCA